AAAAAUCCAAGCACCUGAAGCUGUAAGUGGAGACGCAAGAUAAUGCAUGAUUGACACAUCUUGGAGAACGUGCUGCCGCUCCAGUUACAUGCCCGGCCGAUCCAUUUCUCUCUCAUUCGCUCAAGUUGCCUGUUGUCCUCCAAGGCUUGAGUCUAAGGAAGCGCUUAGUUCACCUCUCGACAAAGGACUCUUUGUUUUGGAUUCCUCUGAAGAAAUCUGACUCUCUUCUCCCAACCCCUGGAGCCGACAAUGUUCUGAACAAGAAGUGCUGGAAUCCAUUGAUCUCUGUUCACUGCCAGUCUACAUACAGGCUUUGUGGUGGGUCAGAGAAGUCACUUCUCCAUCUGGCCUACUUGCCAUGCCUCCCUUGUUUGUCAUCGUGGUCCUCCUUCUGCAGGUGCUCGUGAUUCAUGCUUCCAAAGCUUGCCCCCAGCGGUGUUUCUGCUAUGAAUCCUCCAGUUUUGUGGACUGCCACAGCCGACAACUGGCCCAUAUUCCCCUCGGCAUCCCUCAUAGCACGUGGAUGCUGGACCUGAGGAAUAACAACCUGAGUGGGCUUGAAGGAAGUGGCUUUGAUGCCUUGUGGUCUAUGAAGAUUCUUCUCUUGUCCCACAAUUCCAUUGCCAAGAUCUGGCCCAGAGCUUUCAGGUCCCUCAGCUUCCUGGAGAGGAUGGAUCUCAGCCACAACCUCCUUGUCCGUCUGCCGCGUGACUUCUCGGUUGACUUGACUUCCCUGAAAGAUCUCAAACUGGCCCACAACUACUUAGUAGCCUUGGGUUUUGAAAGCCUGCAAUACCUGGAGAACUUGGAAAAGCUAGACUUGAGCCACAAUUGGGUAGCUUCAAUUGAGAGAGGAACGUUCCGAGGCCUGUCCAGACUCCGACACCUCUACCUUCAGUCUAACCGGCUUGUGAUUGUCCACAAUGGCUUCUUCUUCAUGCUUCAGAACCUGGAAGUCCUGUUGCUUAGCAACAACAACAUCAGCUCCAUUGAGGUGGAGGCCUUCACCUCAUUGCACAACAUGAAUCUUCUGGCAUUGACCGGCAAUCAGCUCAUUCAUCUUAAAUUUAAGACCUUCCUGAAUAUCCAGACCAUCAGUACCCACAUCCAGCUCUCGGGCAACAGGUGGGCCUGUGACUGUGACCUCCAACGGGUUUUCGGUAAGAUUAUGAGUGUGCGACACCUCCAUGUGGAUGAUUAUGAGAACAUCACCUGUUUCAGUCCCUGGCAGCUAGCUGGCUCACCGCUAAUGUCUGUGGACAGCCAGUUGUGUGUGGCAGAGACAGCCACUGUCUUGGUGAUCACUGUCACUGUCUUGGUGACGGUCAUCGCUGCCAUUGUCAUGGCAGAGAGGAACAGGAAGAAGAACCAAGAGAAGAACUGGAAUGAAUCUGAAGGUCCCUUUGACUCACAGGAGAAAUGAGAUAAGGGGAAAUGGGGAUGGCAGGAGCAGUUGAGUCACUGAAACUAGUUUCCUGGUGUUCUUCAAAUUCUGCUUCAUUCUUAACAAGAACUCUGGGGUUCUCUAUCUACUUAAGUGAUCCUGUUACCUAAGAUAUAUGGA